GCAACUCAAGCCAUCUGGUCACUUCACUUACUAUUUAUCACUCCGAACAGUAUACACAUUUCACUAACAGCGAUGCCUAGACUUGUAGUGGAAUACGCUAAAUCUGGAAGGUCCGUUUGCUCCGCAUCGACUUGUGGAUUGAAGAUUGUGAAGCAUGAGAUUCGCAUCGGAAGUGUGAGCGAUAAUCCGUUCGAAGAAGGUGCUGGUGAAAUCGUUAAAUGGCGGCAUCUUUGCUGCUUUUCGGAUAGACAAUUGAAAAACGCAAAGGAUUCUGGUGCUCUAGAAGAAAUUGAAGGCGUUACAAACCUCUCUAGCUCGGAUAAGGAAUUGGUCCUUGAGUUUCAAAAGGGCGAAUUGGGAGGCAAAUCUGAGCUUAUUGGCCGUGUGGGUGACGUUUUGAACUCUCCCCUUGCGGAAGCACUCGGAACAAAAAAAAAACAAGUCGAAAAAGGGCGUCAGAAAAGCCACAAAAAGGAUCGACACCCUCAAAGAAAGCACAAAAAAAGGAGCCGGAGGAAAAUAAAUCGGCUGAAAAACGGGAGGCUUCUGUUGAUUCUGAAGCAACAGAAUAAUAACAAUUUUGUGGGUAUACUCGUCCAUAAACACGCAUGGCUGUGUAUCUCCCCAAUUCUUAUUCUCUUUCGAUGCUGCAUUAUCAGAGAGAAAAUAAAAAGUGUAAUCUUAAUUUUUGAAAAUAAAGCGACAAAUAAUUAGAAAUCAUACUUGUUGGAG